AUGUCCAGAGAGUUCCGAGGUGAUGACCAUGAGCCGACUUGGGAGGAGGUGAAGGGCCUUCUUGCGGACCCUGAGGCCCCAGUGGAGAAGCGGUACCGCGCUCUCUUCUACGCCCGGAGCCGGGAUGAUUCUGAGGCGAUUGAGGCUCUUUAUAAGGUCUUGGAGCCCGAGACCAAAUCGGUGCUUCUUCGACACGAGGCGUGCUAUUGCAUCGGCCAGAUGGAGCAUGGCUUGGAAGGUGCGUGGAAGCUCGAGAACGUUAUGGAUGAUGUUAACGAGCAUCCCAUGGUGCGUCACGAAGCCAUUGAGGGCCUUGCCGCUUGUGGCUCCGUCGAUUCCCUUGACAAGAUUCGUCCCUAUUUGACUCAUGAAAACGAGGCAAUUCGGGAUACCGCUACCUUAGCCGUCGAGUCUCUCGAAAACCUCAAGAAGACUAAGGACACCGAUGCUCAGCGUA